CACAGCAACCAUGGCAGGAAUGAUGGAAAAGGUCAAGGCCAAGGUCGACAACGUUAUGCACAAGGACAAGACGCAUGACGACCCAACCGGCCCCCACAGCUCGCAUGCAGCCAACACUGCCGACCCAUCUGUCCCCAACACCUCUUCAACACACACGGGCUCAAACGGUCUUACUAGCGGCAACCACAGCUCAGGCGUAAGCAGCGGUCUCGGUACCUCAGGUACUCAUGGCACCACCAGCGGUGUUGGCUCUUCCACCGUUGGCACCCACGGAUCAGCUUCCCACAACGACCCCACUGGUCCUCACAGCUCCCACAUGGCCAACAAGGCUGACCCUAGGGUUGACUCUGACCGUGUCGUCGGCACCACUGGCAACAUGACUGGAACUAGCACCCAUGGAACAUCCAACAUCAACGACCCCACUGGUCCUCACAGCUCUCACAUGACCAACAAGGCUGACCCGAGGGUUGACUCUGACCGCGUCGGCACCACUGGCAACGUUGGUGGAGUUGGCAGCCACGGCACCUCCAGCAUCAACGACCCUACUGGACCUCACAGCUCCCACGCGGCCAACAAGGCCGACCCUCGUGUAGGCGGCAUGGGAAGCACCAGCACGACUCACGGAGGCAUUGGUAGCUCGCACAACGACCCUACUGGCCCGCAUAGCUCCCACAUGGCCAACCAGGCCGAUCCUCGUGUAGGCGGCAUGGGAAGUACUGGUGCUGGCACAUAUGGUACCUCCAACACCCAUGGAAGCCUGGGUACCUCGCACAACGACCCCACUGGUCCUCACAGCUCACACAUGGCUAACAAGGCCGACCCUCGCGUAGACAACAUGGGAAGCACCGGCACUUACGGUACCACUACCACUAACGGAGGUCUUGGUCACUCUCACAACGACCCUACCGGUCCUCACAGCUCUCACAUGGCCAACAAGGCUGACCCUAGGGUUGACUCUGACCGUGUUGGCACCACCAACGGAGGUAUUGGUAGCACUGGUUCUGGCCUCCACGGCAGCACCGCCGGUGUUGGAGGAGGAGUCAAUGGCACCAACCUUAAGGAGGAAGACCUGCCCAAGGCGCUUGUUGAGCCUCAGUCGCACGCUGAACCCCACUCUUCCCUCCGCGAAGGCCACCACGAUUCCGCUACCCACGGCACUUAUGGCACUUCCGGCACUCACGGUACUUAUGGUACUUCCGCUACUCACGGCACUUCCGCUACUCACGGCACUUCCGCUACUCACGGUACCUCCACUACUCACGGUACCACUGGAGUCGAGGGCAAGCCAACUCUCAAGGAGAAGCUUCACCCUAAGAUCGACAGUGACCGCGACGGAAAGGCUGGCAUCAUGGACUAGAUGCAGUCUCCUCCUCCCUUCACGCUCAAUUUGGCGGAUAUUGAGCGCAAAAAACACGUCCAGACAUGAUUUACGAAUAC